AUGCAAACAAUAGAAGAAGAGGAACUUUGCUUUCCACAACUCCUCAACUCCUCCUGCAGGAAAACCAAACAGCUUCCCUCUGUAUCAACGCUGGUUUGCAUUAUACUAUCCACCAUCUCUGUCCUCACUGUGACUCUUAACCUGAUGGUCAUCAUCUCAAUCUCACACUUGAAGCAGCUCCACACUUCCACCAACCUCCUCCUCCUCUCUUUGGCAGUGUCAGAUUUCUUUGUUGGCUUCCUUGUUGUCUUCCAGAUCCUGCUCAUAGACGGCUGCUGGUACCUUGGUGACCUCAUGUGUGUUCUGUAUAAUAUUGUUGACUAUGUUAUUACUUCUGCCUCAGUAGAAACCAUGGUGCUCAUAUCAGUUGACUGUUAUGUGGCCAUUUGCAACCCUCUCCACUACCUGACGAAAGUCACUCCAAAACGAGUUCGGAUCGGUGUUGCACUAUGUUGGAUGUUUUCUUUCCUCUUUGUCUUUAUAGUAAUGAAGGAAAACCUUAAACAACCAGGCAGACACAAUGCCUGCUCUGGAGAAUGUGUGGUUGUUUUUGAUGAAGUUGCAGGUUUAGUGGAUAUUUUGUUCUUCUUUAUUAGUCCAGUCAGUGUCAUUGUAGUUCUUUAUGUGCGAGUGUUUGUGGUCGCCGUGUCUCAGACUCGGGCAAUGCGCUCUCAUGUUGCAGCCGCCACGCUUCGGGGAUUAGUAAGGGUUACUGUGAAGAGAUCUGAGCUCAAAUCUGCCAGGACCCUUGGAGUUAUUAUAGUUGCCUUUCUAAUCGGCCUAUGCCCAUAUUUAUUUCUCACAAUAACAGGUCAGGAGACUAUUGUGAGUGCCUCAUCUGCUGUCUAUGUUUUGUUCUAUUUUAACUCCUGUUUAAAUCCUAUGAUGUAUCUCCUGUUUUACCCCUGGUUCAGGAAAUGUGUAAAACUAAUCGUCAGCCUUCAAAUAUUGAAACGUGAUUCCUGUGAGGUCAAUGUAGCAUGA